ACCUCAGAAGUGGGCGGAGCCGACAUGGCGCUGAAGGUGGUGAAGCUGACAGCAUUGCCGGCUGCUGUGGGACUGGCCUCAUUUCGAGUUUACGCUAUGACUGAGGAGAAGACAGAUGAGCAGAUAUCUCCACGAGAGUUGUCUAUCUAUAAUCCGGAGCCUCCAGUCAUGCGGUAUGUGGACGAGCGGCCAGGACGCCUGCAGGCCGGACUGGGCCGAAUGAGAGUGGGGCUUCAGCCUUACGUCAGGACAGUGCAGGAUGCCUGCACUUCAGUCAAAGUUGGAGUCAUAUCUCUGUACCAAGCUGGUCAAGACACGUAUGAGUUCCUGAGAGAGCCGCCCCCUGGCUUCCUGCCAAGAGUUGGUGUCAUCACUGUGUCCGGCUUGGCUGGCCUCGUCCUGGCACGCAAGGGCUCUCGGAUGAAGAGAAUAGGUGUUCCUCUGGCUUUGACGACUGUUGGUACCGCCGUCUGUUACCCCACACAGACAGUGGGAGUUCUAAAGUUUACGGGUAAGAAGGUGUAUUCUGCCAGUUCGGUGGUUGCCUCAGCAUUAAAAUCCAAACCCAAAGAAGAUUUCACUGCUCCUCCUGCAAGCCUGGAGCCUGUCACUCCAAACUUUGACCUGAAGGCUAAGGCAGUUCUUGAAUCUGAGCCAGUUGAUGCUGCUGUAGAGGAAGGAGCAACUUCAGACACACCUUCCACCACAGCUGAGAUGAUUCCCACCCUUACAGGGACCAUAACACCGGAAACAGAACUGGUAGUUGUGGGUGAUGUUGCAGAGUCAGAUGUUGUCUGUUUGCCAGAAACUGAACCCACACUAGAUACUCCCUUUGAAGAUGCUGCCCCAGUUUCAGCAGAUGUUGCCUCAGUAGCAGAAGUUGCCCCUGAUCCUGAUGAUGCUCCAGAUAUUACCGCUUUACCUGAGGGCGAACCAGAAACUGAUGCUUCUUGGUUGGAACUUGCCCCAGCUUUCACUUCAUUUCCUGAUGUCCCUCAAGAAGAUGCCGCUGUGUCAGAGGUCUCUCCAACUGUGGAUGGUACCCCAAUAGAGGCUGUCCCGCCUGAUUUUGCCCUAGAGGAGACCAUUCCAGUAGAAGUUACCCCAAAAAUAGAGACAGCCAUAGGUGCUGAGGUUGCCUCAACUGUAGACACUUCCUCUAUGAAUGAGGUUACUUCAGAGAUGACAGAAGAUGUGCCAGUUGCAGAGGUUGUCCCACUGCUUGAUGUUAUCAUGGAAAAAGAUGCUACUGUGAAUGAGGUUAUGCCGACAGAGGAUGCCUCAGCUGCCGAAGUUGCCCCACUGCCCGAUGUUACCCAGGAAGACGUCGCCCCUACAUGUGAAGUCGCACUAGCAGAGGAUGCUCUAGUUGCACCUGAUGGUGCCCCAGAAGAGGUUACACCAAUAGAGAUUGCUCCAGUUGCUGAAGUGUCCCCAGUCGCAAAAGGUGAUGCACUUUCUGACCUUGUUCCAGAAGAGGCUGCCACUGUAUCAGAAGUGGAUGCUGCCUCAGAGCUUGAUCUCGUUGUAGAAACUUCUCCAGUAGUUGAAGUCGCCUUUCUCCCUGAUGUUACCCCAGAAGAGGCUCCUCCAGCCGAGGUUACCCUAGCAGUAGAAGUUGUCUCAGCAGAAGUUGCUCCGGAUGUAGACACCACCUCUGGCAUUGUGGAAUUGGCAGCAGUUGAUGAAACUUUGUCUGAAUCUGUUAAACCGCUAGCUGACCCAACCCUGGAGGCAGAGGUCAAUCCUCUACCCUCUCAGUUACAAUCUGAACCUGAAGCUGCCCUUGAACCUACACCUGCUGCUGAAACUGUCCCCGAUUUUGAGGUUGACACUGAAGCUGUUGCGGAAGCUGCUCUUCGGCCUCCAGAUUUCGUCAUUUGUGAGCUCGUCCCAACAGAGGAAGAAGUCACACCAAUAAUCCCUCUGUCAGAUAAAGAGUCCACCCUUUCUGCAUUGCCUGCAGAAGAGGACAUUGCACUUUCUACUCCCCCAGCUGAACCCACUCCCUCACCCACUGCUUUUGAAGCAACCACACCCCUGCCUCCUGUGGUUGAAGAAACUGGUCCCCUGACUACUUCUGUUGAAGAAACUACACCUGGUCCUUCAACCACAGAUGAGAUCGCAUCUAUUCCUGAUGUCAUAGAUGAGGCCCCACUGACUCUUGCUGCUGGGCUAGAAACCACAUCCUCUUCACCUGCAGAUGAGGCCGCACCACCUACACAUGCUGAAGAUGAGACCACACCUCUUCUAUCUGCCACAGAGGACACCGCAUUGCUUCCUCCUGCUGUAGAUGAGGACAUACCACCUCCAGCUGCUGUAGAGGAGACCAAACCCCCUGCUGAGGUAGAGGAGGUCCUUGCCUUAAAGUCACCCGCAAUGAAAGAGAAACCUCGGUUUGUUCCUGACCCAUCCUUAGUGGACCAUGGGCAGGCUCAUCCUGACGAUGCUGACAUGUACAGCACCCGCGGAUAAAUGGAAAAAAUGAACAGCCAAACAACUGGAAUGAAUGGAAAGGAAGGAAGAAAGGAUGAAGGGGUGGAUGGAAGGAAAGAACAACGUUCAGAAGAACAGGGGUUUAUUCUGAUAGUUUAAUAUGCACCAUGAGGGUAGAGUGACAGGAAAAGGGUGUAUUUUUAGUGUAGACUUUAUUAACACCAGUGUCUGAGGAAAGUCUCUCUCUCUCUCUCUCGCUCUCUCUUCCUCUCUCUGUCUCUCUCACACUUGUAUCCGUAGCUAUUCUCUUAUACCUCGUCUAUUCCAGUGUUACACUACAGGGUCAACUGUUUACACACACAUACGCACAACACAGACCAACUUAAAGGGCCCAAAUCAUGGAAAACUGAAUUUUCCUCGUUUUUUUUAAAUUAAUGAGUUUUGUAAACAUUGUUAAAGUUUCAAAAUGUACCAUUCACUCCUAAAGCCAUGCAGUGUAUAUGAGGAAACUAAGCUGCAAUAACAGCCUGUCUUGAUUGCCCUGUUCUCGUCAUGUCACGAAAGAACAAUGCAUAUAUACAUGUCUUUGGCCUAUAGCAGUUUAGUUUCAUUCUAAAGGAUUAAUAGUGGUUUGAAAAUGAUCAAGUCAAAAUGAAUUUUGACUGUUUUUGGUACAAAAACCACAAAUUUGUAACAAAUGAAUCUCAGAAAAAAUAAAAUACAAGUAAAAUGUCAAAUAUGGGCCCUUUAAAAUCAUACACAUAGGAAAACACUUCUGUUGAUGGUAGAUAGCUAGAAUACCUCUUUGUCUUUGAGACAAAUACUUUAGAAGGUUCCCUUCAAACAAAUCUGAACUCUUCUAAAAUCUCUAUGUAGCAUCUUCAGAUUUGCCUCUCUGACCUCAUUUCCUGAUGCAACUGGAAAUCUGCUCAGUGCUGUUUUAUACUGUGAAAACAUUCUAUACACUGAAGUCAUAAAGAAUUGCUCACAUACUUCACAGUCAUUUACUGAUGUUUAUUGUUUCUGAUGUGCUUAUUCUGUCUGUUCACUUAAAGGAGGGAAAUCACAAAUGACAGACAAGAAAAUGCAAAAUGCUACACAAUAAAGUGAAAUUCAGGCUGGAUUUAAAACCCUUUGAGAUCUUGUUGGGAAAUGUGCAGAGAAAGAAUCUCAAAGGGUUUUAAAAUGAGAGGCAUGUUGCAUGUUGUGGUUUUAAAGCUGCACUGUGUGAGUUUUGGGGAUUUGGAGACCUCUCUGGUGAAAAUGUGGAAUUGCACGCAACAUGGAGAUCAUUUUGUAAUGGGGGUUGUGCUUCAGCCUCUUCAUCCAGGUGGAUGAACCUGACGUUUCUAUGAUGUUAACAUGUAAAGCAAGGUUCCUCAAAUCCGGUCUAGAUGUAAAGAUGUAUGACAUGGUCCAAAAAACUCUUGGCCCGGCGCCUCUGAAUGUUAAAUGAUUAUUUCUGGCUUUAAAGGCCGACUCGCAGCAGCGCGCACACCAUGUUCUAGCCUGUUUUUACUGUCCUCACUCAGUAGCGCUAACCCUGAAUCCUACACAGAGCAGCUCUAAGUGAACAGAUAUGAUAAACACAAACAUCAGAAUAUUUGCCAUGUCAGCAAUUCUUUUUGACUGCCAGCAUAUUUAAAGCUGGACAACAACCCUCGCCAUUUGUUACACGAUGUGAAAGUUAUUAUUUACACAUUUUUCUUUUUCUAAAUGAAUGCUGAGCCAUUUUACUGAGGUCGGGAUCAAAGCACCACAUCUACCCCUCUCUCAGCCUCACUGUCUGCCUUUGUGCCAAACAUUUAAACUAUCUAUGCAUUUCCAGCCUCGUGCUCAAGUAAACAGAGGUCUGGGUUUUUAUUAUUACUACUGUGCUCUAUUGAAAAUGGGAAUCAACACAAUUUUCACAUAAAUAUUAGUCAGUAUUGUACAAAAGUAGUGUUUUCUGCCAUACUUGCACAUUGGGUGGCUGUAGUGAACUAACAAGCCUUCAUAUAAUAUCUGCUACAGUGUUCUCCAGUCGCCUGGAGGCUGCUUUUGAGUGCAGUCUUUAAGCUGUACAACAGAUUUUUACACCACUUAGGUUAAAUGAUUUUGACAUUAUUAGAAACACCAUAAAGAACCCAGUUUAAAUAGUCCAGUAACAGAUUAUAAAGCUUUCAGUAUUUCAUAAAGACAUAAAUAUAUAGUUAUCAUGCAAACAGAUGAUCUUUACGUGUCUCAAAUCUGUGAUUUUCAUCUUUCGUCUUCAUUUCAGAUUGACUUCUUGGUUAAAGAUGUUUCUUUAAGAUCAAACUACAGCUUUCAGAGUUAUAUUUCACAUUUCACCUGUUUUUCAGUCUGUGUGAUACUGAGUGAUGUUCUGAGACAAUUAGUAUCAAAAUGUGCAUAAAAUGAAUAUUUAAGUUGAACUCCAACAUGGCUGAGAAAGAAGUGAACAUUUACACAGGGCUGGGCAAUAUGACAAUAUAUCAGUAUCGUGAUAAAUUGUCACAAUAUUCUUUUCUGAACAUAUCAUAGAUAUCAGUACUUGAACACUGAAUGACUAUGUUUCAUUAUACAGAGAGCAAAAUUAGUCUCGUUUAACUGGAUUUAGUGCCAAAUAUUUAAUAAAAAUAAUUUCGUUCACAUUUUUUGAUACUAUUUUUUUCUUUUUUCUCAGAUGCAGCUGAUCAGAUGUCUGAAAAAAUAAAUAUCGUGACAUAUCGUUUAUCAUGAAAAGUACCUUAAGUAUCGUGAUAUUUUUGCUAUAUCGCCCACCUUUAGAUUUCCAUUUUCUUUAGUACAUCAUACCAAAGAUUUAAGCAAUUUAGCCCAUAUUUCAUAUUAAAGUUUUGUACUAUUUUGUGAAACAGAGUGAAACUGAAAUAUAUGAAAUUUGUCAGUUCCUGACUGUAUUAAGACUAGAAAGCCUGAUUAUUCCAGUGUGCAGUAGAACUAACAGCUCUGAUUUGGA